GGGGGGGGUGCUGUCAUUUCUGCUUGCAGCAGAGCCGUUCCCACAGCUCCUGGCACCAAGCCUGCUGCUCUCAGCUCGCACCAGAAAUUCUUCUACAUGAUUUCCAGGAAGGCGUUGGGAUCUUUAGUCUGCCUGUCUGCUGUUGCCACAUUGAUCUGGAUUGCAUCUGGGAAUUGGAAAGUGCACUACCUCCCAUAUUACCUUCCCUGCCCUGGAAUCUUCUCCAAGAAACUCCAGUAUUUGGGAGAUAAGCCAGUCCAGCUCUUCCCCCAAUUAUUUUAUCAGCAACCAAGAGUGCUGGCUCCAAAGCGUCAGGAUGUGCUAACAGUCACACCAUGGUUGGCCCCCAUCGUUUGGGAAGGCACCUUCAGCCCUGAGAUCCUGGACAGUGCCUACAUGCCACUGAAUCUCACCAUAGGGGUGACAGCCUUUGCCGUUGGAAAAUACACGAGGUUUGUGAGCCGCUUCCUGAAGUCAGCAGAGAUGCACUUCAUGAAAGGCUAUCGAGUGAACUACUACAUCUUCACUGACAACCCCAAGAUGAUCCCCGAUGUCCAGCUGCAGCCUGGACGAAGGUUUGAUGUUGUGCACAUCAAGAAAUACUCCAGCUGGCAAGAGAUCUCCGUGCGCAGGAUGGAGGCCAUAAACCUACACAUAGCAGAGAGGAGCCAUCGGGAGGUGGACUACCUCUUCUGCCUGGAUAUUGACAUGGUGUUCCACAAUGCCUGGGGGGCUGAGACCCUCGGUGACAUGGUGGCAGCCAUACACCCUGGUUAUUUCAAUGUCCCUCGAAGCCAGUUCCCAUAUGAGAGGAGGAGCUCUUCAGCAGCCUACAUCCCUGACGGAGAAGGGGACUUCUACUAUGGAGGAGCUGUGUUUGGAGGGCUGGUCAAGAAGGUCUACGAGUUCACCAAGAUCUGCCACAUGACCAUCCUGGCAGACAAAGCCAAUGGGAUCAUGGCAGCCUGGCAGGAAGAAAGCCAUCUCAACAGACACUUUCUCACCCACAAACCCUCUAAGUUGCUCUCUCCAGAAUAUCUAUGGGAUGACAGGAAGCCAAAGCCCCCGGAAAUUUUCCUCAUACGCUUUUCCACAGUAGAUAAGAACUACCAGGAGGUAAGAAAUUGACCGUCUGAUCCUCACAGACAGACGUUCUCCAUGUGAUCCAACCUGCUGAAUGUUAGCUCCCAGAGAAGAUGCCCCACUGUAGGUAGUUCCUCCAAAGAGUGAGAGCCUUAAAGCAUUUCAGAAGCAGCAGCCAAAGUGGAGGUGAGAAUGGAAAGGUUUCUAUGUUCCUAAUCUUCGUCAGUACAAGUGUUGCACUGAGGGUUGGAGCACACCAGAAGGUAUACAAAGGGUCUGCUGUCAAGUAGAAGGCUGUCCUCAUAGCAAGGCUGGAAAUGCUGUUGUUUGCAUGUUUUCCUGAAGCUUUGUAGAGACUUAGGCAAGAUCAAAACAGGCUUUGGCAUCCCUGUGGAAAAAGAAAAGAUCCAGAUAAAGCCCUUUCCACUUAAAUACCUCAAUCACCCUGCUUUUAAAAAAAUUAUUGUUAUUAUUAUUAAUUUUCACAUCUACAGUUCAAGGACUUUGUAAGGAUCAGCUUGCCCUUGGUGCAGGUUAUCCCUGCUCAGCGUGCAGCAGUGAUGGACCUCUUCUCAGCAGUGAGAUGCAGGAAUCCCUGACAGACCAGCAGUGCCACUUCACAUCGCACUUACCUUCCACUUCCCAGCUGUGUUUUGGGCACCCAAGUUCAGGCUGAACUGGCACAGUUCAGACCCAGAGAGCGCUGUUCCAAUCACAGAUGUGCUCUACAAUCUCCUUGCCAGCUCACACGUCUCUGGCUCUCGUGUAAUCUUUUCCAUGGUGUGAGAGGUCCAUGUGCUUACUCUCUGCUUCAGUUCUCUCCAAAUUUUCUGAGCACUGUAAAAUGGCCAGAAGCUGUUGGAGCUGACAGCGAGAGCUGGAGCAUUUCCUGCAGACAGGGUGGCUUCGCUCCAUGAGAUGCUCUCUUGAAGCCGCAUGUUCAGCUGGGAGCUGGAGCUAGGCUGGGCUUAACCUUUUCUUUGCAUGAAUGUGGUGAGAAGCUGAGCCAGGCACUCUGCAGCUUUCCAAGCCUGCGAGCUCGUAGGGCAAACAGGUGGGGAGGGUGUCCAAACACAGGGGAACAGCUGUGCCUCGCCAGCAACAGCUGCAAAAUGGAUCAUCAGCUGAGGUUGCGGUGUGGAGGUCUGUGUGUGCCUCCCUGCUACAGCACAUUGGCUGUGAGCAUUUUCCCUGUGAGCUCCUCAGGAGUGCUGCCAGUGGGCGUUGCGGGUCUGUGCCAGCUGUGCCAGCCUCACUUGCUAGGAAGAUCUUUAUCCCAGUAUUUCUAAGGAUGUGCCAAAACCAGGAUUAUUACUGACCGUCUUCUAGUUCCAAAACAAUUGUGUCCAAAGCCCACGCCUGACUCCAGGGUCUCAUUAUGUUGGUGACUACGUGCGGGCAUAUGGAGCCCUUUGCAAGCCAGAAGGAGCUGUCUGGUUCAAUCUCCUGCAUGGGGUUAGCUGGAUAAUUUUAUCUCCUGAUGUCAGUAUCAGUGUCAUAAAUACAUGGCUGAGCUGUGCUGCAUCUCUCAGAAGAGAAUUCAGGCCCAGCACAAACAUCAAGUGAUACAGAUGCCACAAAGCCAUGGUCAGCUCCUCCUGUGCCUUAAUUCUGCUCCAAGUCAGGCUGUGUUUUUGGUCAUUCUGCCAUGCUAGAUUAUCCAAAGUCCUGUGCAGAUAUUCAUAUUCAUGCACCUAUGUCUCUGGGGAGCUGCAGGAGGAUGCUCUGCUCCCCAUAGCAGUGUGGGAGAUGCUCUCUCAAUCAGCACGUCUCUAAUUAACGAGAGCCCAGACUUCUGCCAUCACCUCCUGCUGAUUAAUCCCCUUCCCCCAGCACCAUGCUUUGCUUCUUGUCUUUGCGUUGUGCAGCCUGAGCCCCACAGGCUGGGGGGGAGUUCCACAGGGGCUGCUUUCUGGUCUUAAUUUUUCACUAAUGCUCACAGGAAAACCGGGGCACAUAGUAGCAAAGCAUGGUGUGGUGCUGCUGCAUGUAGGGGCUGCCACGGGGGGACAAUGCUGUGUCUCAUGUCCUUAUGCCAAGGGAGUUUAGACUUGGAAACACACUUGCUGUACCGCAUGGAAAGUGAAUCAGCACAUGCAAAUAAAAUCAUCACCCAAAUUUA